AUGAAGAAGGUGCAGCUUUCAUCAUUUCACAAGCAGCAGAGCAUUGCAGACAGCCUGCACUACAACGUGCCUUCACCCCACAGGGACAGAAUUUUGGUUGGAGCCUGUUGUGUAGUGACUAUGACCCUUUGGGUGCUGUGUAUUUGGCAGCUCCUCAGGUUCAAAGCAAUUAAUUUCUGUGACUACAGUACUGAGACAGUGAACAUUUUUGAAAAAUAUAAAAACCUUACUUUUGAACAGAUGAUAGUGGGUAAAUAUGGCCACUCCUAAAAGGAUUGUGCACGUGAUACUGUGAAUGGUAAUGCUUCAAUAGGAAUCCGGAUGUGCUCCUGAGAAAGGAAAAUUUGUACUUUAAAGCCUCCCCAUUUGAAUUGUAAUGAAAAUCUGGACUCCUUAGCAUCACAGGUUGAAACUGUGGGCUCUGGGAAGGUUUCAGUUAUUGUAAGUAACACUCAACUCCUCAGCUCCAUGACAGACCAACUGACCAGACAGAACAUCACUGCUGCACAUUAUGAAAAAGCCAAAUGUUCAGAAGACUUUCAGGCAUCUGUGGCUGUAAUGGCUGCAGUGAGUCAACUCUUGGAUGCCAAAACAGAAUUCAUCCACAAUACUCUUGUCAGUGCUACAACCAGCCUCAUGAAAGCAAUGGAGGAAUUUUCUUUCACUGGUAACAUCUCACAGCCCAAUGUUGCAAUCCAGUCUGCUCCACUGAAAUCAAGCUCCUCUAUGAUUCUGUUUUUGGCACAGAGAAAUACAGCACAGGGAAAGUAUCAAUCAACAAAACCAGAAAUACAGGAAAAUGCUCCUGGGCUUAUUGGUGACCUCAGUACUGAAGUUCAGAUACUGUUCAAUAAAACCAUUUUGUCCUUUGACUUCCUCCACCAGGAACUGAUGCCACAUGUUACUGCUUUCUUGCAGACAAUUCUGCUAUCCACUUUUUUUCUUUGCAAUCCCCAUCCCUAGUAUGACACAUCUGAACUGCAGCUGUGUGGUCAUGCCUGUGUCUUUUGGGAUUACCCUGUCAGAUGCAGGUGUAAUCACACCACUAAUUUUGCUGUUCUGAUGGUAGGGUAUAUAAAAUAUAAAUAUGAAAAGCUUUUGGAUUAUAUUUCUUAUUCUGUUGGAUUGUCCAUGGCUGGUCUGGUUAUUAUCAUUUUGUUUCAAAUACUCACUAGAAAAACUCAAAACUUAUCUGUACAGUGGAUGUUAGUGAGUCUCUGCUUUUCUAUGCUCAUUUUUAACAUCAUCUUCAUCUCUGGAAUUGAAAGUCAAAUUUCCAGAAAGUGCAGCAACGAUACCACCAGACGCUACCAGCAAUACCUUCCUUAUGAUGCCACCAGUAACCUCACCUCAGACAGGGUGGAUACUCCCACAGACUCCUGGUGCAGAGCUGUGGCUGUCCUGCUGCACUAUUUCUUGUUGGCAUCAAUCCUGUGGUCAGCACUCAGUUCUGCACUGCUGUACUUACUGCUGCUCAGAGGCACGAAGCCACUGCCUGGACAUUUCCUCAUAACCAUGUCAAUAAUGGGAUGGGGAAUCCCUGCCAUAGUAGUUGCAAUAACACCAGCUACAGACAGAGAAGGAAAAGCUCUAAACUACUGACAGGAAGAAUUUCAAGUCCACGGUGUCAGGAAUAAAAAGGAUUCAUUAAUGAAAAAUAUGAUUAGCACUAUCUCUAUAGUGGUAGUGCUUGGGAUCACCUGGAUGAUUGGUGAUGUUAAUAAGCAAUGAAAAAACAAGUCUUGCUUUCAGUUUUGUGUUUUCAAUGCCACCCAGGAACUCCAGAUUUGUAUUCUGUUCACUUUCAGAACAUCACUCUUCAAGACAAAAGUUUUCAAAGUUCCCAUUUUCCAGGUACCACUGUAUCUGCAUUAAAAAAUAUAAAAUAUUUAAAAAUCACAGCCUGAAAAACAUUCAGAGGAAACUUUCAGAUCAACCCAGACUUUUUCAGACAAUAUUUCCCUGUCUACCUUCCCUAACUGGAACUGGAAACCUGCAAAUCCAUGA